AUCUACAGGUUCCAGAGUUGGAGAGACUGGUUAGUAUAAUGAGCAUUAUAGAACUUAGUGAGGCAACUGGCAAUUUCAGCAUAGGCAAUGUCAUUGGGUUUGGAAAGAUCGGAAUGAUGUACAAGGGAGUGCUUUCAAAUGGUCGGCCUUCUGCGAUCAAGAGGUUACUUAAUUCUCAAUGUUUUGAGAAACAGUUUAUUUCUGAGCUAUUGGCUCUAGGUAGAUUGAGACACAAUAACAUAGUUCCUCUUUUAGGAUACUGUAUAGAAGGCAAGGAAAAGCUUUUGGUGUACAAAUAUAUAUCGAAUGGUAACCUUUAUGAUUGGCUACAUGUAGCGAAAGGCAAGCAUAAGAUCUUGGAAUGGCCUUCGAGGAUAAAAAUUGCUAUGGGGAUAGUAAGAGGCCUAGUAUGGCUUCACCAUAAAUGCAAUUUCCGAGUGGUCCAUCUUAACUUGUGUUCAAACUCUAUCUUACUUGAUCAGAACUUUGAGCCCAAGAUAUCGAAUUUCGGUGAGUCAAUAAUAUCAAAUUUUGGUGGGGAAAUGUUCAAGAACCCAAGAGGCAAUAACAUUUUUAUAGGCAGUGAUGUUUGGGAGUUGGGGUAUGUAAAAAAGGAUGUCUACGACUUUGGAAUUUUGCUUCUUGAGCUAAUUAUAGGGAAGGAAUCCAUUGAAAUUAAUAAUUAUGCCAACAAAUCAAAUGAGAAUUUGGUUGAUUGGAUUGCUCAUCUUUUGAAUUCUUCUGAUCUCUACAAUGUGAUUGAUGAAUCUUUGAUUGGUAGAGGAUUCGAAGAUGAAAUCUUUGAGUUACUUAGAAUUGCAUAUACUUGUCUUCAGCUCUUUCCUAGUAAAAGGCCGACCACGCUUGAACUAUACAAUACAAUACGUAUUUUUGGGGAAAGAUAUUGCCUCACAAAUGACUUUGAGAUAUUGAGACAAUCUGAAAUUGCCACUGCAAGUACCCUUUGUGAAAUUGUAGAGGCCGAAAUUACAUAGGCCAAUUAUAGCAUGGCAUCCAAACUCCAAAGUGUAAUAUUUACGUAGAGAAAAUCCGUAAUGAAUUUGGGUUUAUGUU